AUGCAUUGUACGGAAGAUUUUCGCAAAGUAAUCGGAAACAUUCUGUCUAACAACGUUAUAAAUGAUAGCGGGACCACGUCGGAUCAUUAUUCUGAGUUACAGUCAUGGAUCGCAAACUUCUUACCUGUCUACUUCUUUUGGCUCUUUUGCAAGUCGCCGCUGCUCGCAAGUGCGGUACCUACGAUAUCGCUUUUGCCCGUACUGACGGCGAAGAACUACUUCCUUUGGAGGAAGACGAAUUGUGCGAUGGCUUUUCUGAAAUGGUUCUGCGUGACGAACUGGUCGCAUCGGUCGCCGCUGGGUGGAAGGAAUGGAAGGGUUAAACACGUUAUAGUUCUCGAACGAGUUUGCCAACAACGUACAAAGGAAACAAAAUAAAAGUUCAUGAAAAAAA